GACCGGGGUGAGUAUCAAUGGUGUUCCAACCUCACCUCCGUCGUCGGCGUUCAUUGUGAUACUACCUACUCAGAUCUUUUUUGAUCUUUCGAUUGGAAAAGUUUAUUGCUUUUAUCUCUUCUAACUUGUCUGUGAGGCUAUUCCCAGUGACCGGCUCACUUACACGAGGCAUCUUUCCCAAAGCGGACUGUCCUUCCUUACACCCGUACUCGACUACUGAUUGAAUUAGUCAACCACACAACGCCAUCAACGUCUUCCGAACCACCAAGAAACCGUUUCUGUGAUACCACACCGCAAAGGUCACAAAGUUCCAUCUGUCUCACCAAUUGGAAAAGUACGAAGAAACGAACGCCAUGCCUUGCCCAUUUGACCUCCAGGCCGCCAUCCAAGGCGCCGACAACGAUGUGGCCGUCAUCAUCCCCUCCAAGCCCCAAGCGCUUACAGUCACUUAUGCCGACCUGAAGCGUGAAACCGCUUCGUUCCAGAAGAAGCUGGCAGACAUUGGCAUCACCAAGGGCUCACCCGUGUCCAUCGCCACCGUCAACUCGUACGAGUUCAUCGUCUCCUUCCUGGCCGCCUCCUGGCAGCGCGGCAUCGCCGCCCCUCUCAACCCUGCCUACAAGCAAGAGGAGUUCGAGUUCUACAUCGAGGACGUCAAGUCCGCCAUCGUCCUGGUUCCCAAGGGUGCCUACGCCGCGGGGGCUCCCGCCGUCAAGGCCGCGCAAAAGUUCAACGCCGCCAUCGCCGAAUCCUACUGGGACUCGUCCAAGAACGAAGUCGCUCUCGACGUCAAGGAGCUCGGCCAACUGACCGGCAAGGGCACCCAGCCCCUGUUGAAGCCAGACGCUGAUGACAUUGCCCUGGUCCUGCACACCAGCGGCACCACCUCCCGCCCCAAGGUCGUCCCGCUCACGCACCGCAACCUGACCCGCACCAUGAAGAACAUCCGCAACACGUACCAACUCACUCCCGCCGACCGGACCAUGCUCGUCAUGCCCUUGUUCCACGUCCACGGCCUUUUGUGCGGGCUUCUGGCCCCCUUCUUGACGGGAGGCAGCAUGAUCGUGCCCGCUAAAUUCUCCGCCACCGAUUUCUGGCCCGACUUCAUUUCCCACCGCGCAAACUGGUACACCGCCGUGCCCACCAUCCACCAGAUCCUGCUCAAGCACCCCGUCCCCAACCCUCUACCCAAAAUCCGCUUUAUCCGCUCUUGCUCCUCCCCCUUGUCGCCAACCGUCUUCCACAACCUCGAGAAAACCUUCCAGGCCCCCGUGCUCGAAGCCUACGCCAUGACCGAGGCCGCGCACCAAAUGACUUCCAACCCUCUCCCCUCCGUCGGCAAGCGCAAGCCCGGCACCGUCGGUGUGGGACAGGGCGUCGAAGUAGUCAUCCUAGACGACAAGGAUAAUAUCCUCCCUGACGGACAAGAAGGCGAGAUCUCCAUCAAGGGCGAGAACGUGACAAAGGGGUAUCUAAACAACGAAGCAGCCAACGCCUCCUCCUUCACUCGCAACGGUUACUUCCGCACGGGCGACCAGGGCAAGAAGGACGAGGACGGGUACGUCGUCAUCACCGGCCGCAUCAAGGAGCUAAUCAACAAGGGAGGCGAGAAGAUUUCUCCUAUCGAGCUGGACAACGUUUUGACCCGGCACCCGGCCGUUUCCGAGGCCGUGAGCUUUGCUAUUCCGGAUGAGAUGUACGGGCAGGAAGUGGCGGUGGCGAUUGUGUUGAAGAGCGGACAGAAGGGGGAUGCGGAGGAGUUUAGGAAGUGGGUGGGUAGCAAGCUGGCCAAGUUCAAGGUGCCCAAGAAGAUUUACUUUACGGAUGUGAUGCCGAAGACGGCGACGGGCAAGAUUCAGAGGAGGAUUGUGGCGGAGGAGAUGUUGAAGAAGGAGAGUAGGACUAGUAAGUUGUAGGUUGGGGGUUGUGAGGACGAAGAGGUGGAUGGGUGGAUGCGGAUGGGUGGAUGGAUGAGUGUAUGUGUACUUGAAGUUCGGAGUUUCACUCACUUGAUCCAUAGAAGCUGCAAAGUCACUAAAGACCUUGAGCCGGAUGAGACUGAGCAUGUCAUCGAGAUACCAAACAAGCAGCUUGUUGACUUCUCCAACCUACCGAAUACCAUCAUGGCCUCCCACCAUAAUUCACAUCAAGCAGUUCUUGGAGUUCCGUCAAAAACCUACAGCCAACAACUCUUGGACAACUCACACCGAGAUUACAACAAUCUUCCGAGUUGAACAAAGCACCAUUAUUAAACUACCUAAAGCAACUUACUAC